AAAGGGAGUGUUUAAAAAUUGGAGUAGACACCUCUCCUAAAGCUCUGAUGUUGUCAGGUCGUGUUGCUCUUGUUACUGGAGCUGCUGGCGGUAUUGGACUAGCUACCAGCCGUCUCCUUCUUCAAUCAGGAGCAAUGGUUGGUGCUGUUGAUAAAUCUUCUAGUCUGAAAUCAACUUGUGAUGCUUUGGGAGAAGAAUUUGGCACAAGUAACAUAGCCUGCCUUCCUUGUGAUGUAUCUGAUGAUGAUGCUUUGAAAAAUGUUUUUAAAGAGACAAGUCGGCAGUUUGGCUCACUAGAUAUAGUCAUAAAUAAUGCAGGAAUAGGUGAUGAAAGGUAUUGGAAGAAGCAAAUAAAAGUUAAUCUGCAAUCUGUCAUCAAUGGGACAUACUAUGCAAUGGAGCUAAUGUCACCUGAUAAAGGAGGAGUAAUAGUUAAUGUAUCAUCAAUGGCUGGAUUACACCCAGUGAGUACUGGCCCUGUAUAUUCAGCAGUGAAACAUGGAGUUGUUGCUUUUACUAGAGCAAUGAAAGAAAAUGUAGCGGAAAAGGGCAUCCGUAUAAAUUGUAUUUGCCCUUACUUUGUUGACACUACAAUGGGUAGAGCUGGUUUAAAGGCCCUGCCUGAAGCAGAAGCAAAUGAAGUGCUUAAAAAUGGAAUAUUAAAACCUGAGUUCAUUGCUAAAGGUAUAAUGGAUCUAAUAACUGAUACUAGCAGAAAUGGUGCUAUCCUCAGAGCUAACCCAUGGCAAGGACUCAUGUAUCAGAGAUACAAGGAAGACAUGAAAUCAAAACUUUAGCUAUAGCAUUGAUGUGCAUAAUGUAGAUUUAUAAAUAAUUUUUAAUAGAUCUAGAUGAAUUUUUACUUUAAAACC